AUGGAAGGUGAAGACAAAACCUACACCGUCGAUGAAGCACUCAUCGCCCUGGGUUUUGGGAAUUUCCAGGUCUCCGUCCUUCUCUACGCCGGCAUGGGUGGGGUUUCAGAAGCCAUGGAAAUGAUGCUUCUCUCCUUUGUGGGCCCUGCUGUGCAGUCCGCGUGGGGCCUCUCGCCUCACCAGGAGGGCCUGAUAACCAGCGUCGUCUUCGCCGGAAUGUUGGUCGGCGCCUACUCCUGGGGCAUCGUUUCGGACACAUACGGAAGAAGGAAAGGAUUUUUUGUGACAGCAUCCAUUACGGCUAUGGCUGGAGUUCUAAGUGCAUUUUCCCCGAAUCUUGCUUUGCUGAUCACUCUACGUGGAUUGGUUGGUCUUGGAUUAGGAGGAGGUCCUGUGCUUUCCUCCUGGUUUCUUGAAUUUAUUCCUGCUCCCGAUAGAGGCACUUGGAUGGUCGUUUUUUCAGCUUUCUGGACUCUUGGGACAAUUCUUGAAGCUUCUAUUGCUUGGUUUGUGAUGCCCAGUUUAGGUUGGAGAUGGUUGCUUGCAAUUUCUGCUCUUCCAUCCUCACUAUUGCUUUUAUUCUAUAGAAUGACUCCCGAGUCACCCAGAUACUUAUGCACCAAGGGAAGAAAAGAUGAAGCACUGGCCAUACUGGAGAAAAUAGCACGACUAAACGGUAAAAAACUUCCUCCGGGCAUCCUAGUUUCUGAAAACAGCAUCGAGCUAGAAGAAAAGUCAGAUCUUUCAGAAAACAGCAUCGAGCUAGAAGAAAAGUCAGAUCUUUCAGAAGAUGCAAAGCUGAUUCCACCCAGAGAAAACAACGGCAGCACAAGUCCUAAUAAAAGCACAGAUUAUUCCCCGAAAAGCGGAAUCACAUUGCUCGCAGUGCUUCUUUCGCCUGAACUGAUUAGAUCGACAUUACUUUUGUGGAUGGUCUUUUUCGGUAACGCGUUCGCUUAUUACGGGCUCGUUUUGUUGACCACUGAGUUGAACAGCAAUCACGGGACGUGCACUCAUAAAGAGUCACCUUCCGGUAAUGUACAUCAAGAAGUUAGUUACAAAGAUGUGUUCAUUACCAGCUUUGCAGAGUUUCCUGGGCUCAUCCUAUCGGCUGCAACGGUCGACAAACUUGGCCGUAAAAAGUCCAUGGCUGGAAUGUUCUUCCUCUGUUUCAUUAUUCUGCUCCCACUAACAUUUAACCAGCCUCAGAGCUUGACAACAGGCCUUCUGUUCGGUGCUCGCAUUUGUAUCACCGGAACCUUCACGAUCGUUUAUAUAUAUGCUCCCGAGAUAUAUCCGACAUCUGUGCGGACAACUGGGGUUGGAGUUGCAAGCUCGGUCGGCAGAAUCGGAGGAAUGGUGUGUCCACUUGUUGCAGUUAGUCUCGUCCAUGGAUGCCAUCAGAUGGUAGCCAUUUUACUAUUCGAGACUGUUGUUUUUCUAUCCGGAUUGUGUGUUUGGCUUUUACCAUUCGAAACGAGCGGCGCCGAGUUGAGCAAUAGCACGUCGUCUUCCGAGCCUCGGAUAGAUUUUUGA